AUGAUGCAGGUCGAACGGUCAGAGAUGUGGGAUACUCACAUUCAUUGCCUAGACCCGAUGCAUCAUCCCUUCAAAGUUACGCGAACAUACACGCCUCCACCUGCUCCCCUGGAAGAGCUCGCAGCCCACACCCCAGCUGAUCGACUCGUCUUGGUGCAAGCAUCGGUCGAAAAUGGCCACUAUGGCUUGAUGGAUCAUCUACGCCGUAUUCGCACGGAAUACCCCCACUUUAUGGCCCGUGGGAUCAUGUGCAUGGAUCAAAGCUGGAAUACUCUUUCAAACCAAGACAUUGAUAUUUUGCAUGGCCUUGGUGUGCGCUAUGUUCGUAUACAUGGCUUUCUUGGAGAGUCCGUGCCCGACUAUUUAAGCCUAGAAGAGCAAUUCCGUCUAUUUUCCCGCUCAUAUGCAGCUCAGAGAUGGCAUUGGGGGUUGUCGGCUCAAUUAAGCCUCGCCACAUGGGCUUCACUCACAGAGUUUAUUAUUCACGACAUGGAAGUUUCCCGGCUUCGCAUUAUCGCUGAUCAUGUCGCCUGCUGCUCUCCUAACGACAUUGGUACCCCGGAACUCGACAAAUUCUUGAAAUUGCUACAGACCGGACGCGUGUAUGUUAAGGUCUCCUGUCUUUAUCGACGAAGUCCGGAUGACAUACGGAAAAUGAAGCCCAUUAUUCAACGCUUGGCAGACACUGCACCCGAUGGAUUACUUUGGGGGAGUGAUUGGCCCCAUGUAAAUAGCACUGGAAAAUCGGGCGACUCACCGGUGACUUCCGAGAGGCCGGAUAUAGGAAACGAGUUGGAUAUUUUACGGGGAUGGCUAUCGGAAUGCCAAUGGCGAAAAAUGCUUUUGGAAACCCCAGAAAAGCUUUUCGCAAACUGA